CUCAGAUCAGCAAGUCGUCGUCAGUCAAUCGUUGGAAACGGUCGUGUAGACAACGUAAAGCGAAAGAAAACAAACAAGCGCUGAGAAUAGAGGAUUAUAUUUUAGCUUUUUUAAAGAAUUUUACAUUAAUUUGUGUAUCUUAAAAAAAAUCUCAACAUGCAAUUCAACAAUCGUGUUCUUUUGAAAAUUCUCGAAUUGGUUAUUGCCAUCGUUUGCAUUGUCCUUUGGGAAACAAGUGGCAAUUUCUCCAACAAUGCCCUGAUCGUUUGUGGUACCAUGGGUGGUUUCGCUGUGAUCUGUGGUGUCAUAUUAAUUGGCCAUGUCAUCAAUUCUGUAGUGGAAAAACGUAUUAACGGUCUAUUCUCCAUCAUUGGCUGUGUGUUGUUUGUUAUCUCUGGCGCCUUGAUCAUUGAUCAAUGGCAUGAUAGAUCCGAUCUCUUGUUCAAGGAAAGCAAACGCAAUGCCUUGGCUGCUGGAUCUCUGAUGAUCAUCAAUGGUGCUGUCUUCUUGAUGGACACCAUUUCCAUUUUCAGAACGUAAAUGUCUUGAUUCAUGUCCAUGCAUACCUAUGUACAUCAACGUGCGUAAAAUGUUUCAUGUUGUGUUUAAAAUUGAGAGAAUGUAGAAAAUGAGAUGUGUUUACCAUGAAUCCUCAUAAUCAGUGUUAUUUGUAUACAAACAAUAGUUGUAAGUUAUAUAUGUACCGAGUUUUUUUCUAAAAUGAAUUUGUCAACAAAAGGAACAAAUCACAUCAGUAUCGAAUCGCUUUUGGAAAAAAAUUGUAAAAACAACACAGAGAUUUUCUACCUCCCCAUAAUAUGAAUGUACCGAUAAGAAAAUCGUUUUUUUUUUUGAUAUGCAUUUACCUUUGUAAUAUUUUUUCUAUAGCCCCCUACGGCAAAUAAUGCUUUUUAUAUAUGUAUUAAAAAUUUAUAUAUAUAUAUAUAUAUUGUCAAUAAAGAUUUAUUUUGUACCAAAA